AACACUUAGCAGCAUAUCAGUCAUCAGUUAAACUAAUUUAUUAUUUUUAAUAAAAAAAAUUUUAUUACGGAAUAAUGCAUCAGAAAAAUUUUAUAAUUUUUCUUAUAAUUACGUCGGCCACCAUAGAGGGACGUUCAAUUGAAAAUAGUAAUUUAGGGCCAAAAAAACCGGAAUGCAAUGAAACUCUAAUUUAUUGUCCAGCUGAAUAUUCAUCAUUUGAAGAUUUAAUUGAUUUCCCGAUGCUUAAUUACAAUAGUAAUGCUAAUGAGAGAAGUAAAAUUAAUCAUAUUAGUAAAAGAGAUACUGAUGAUAAUAAUGUUAGAGCAUGGACACUGAAUAACAAUAAUGGCGUAAUUAGUAUUAGGAAAGGAAAUAAUAAUAAGUAUACGAUGCAUAUUAAUAAUGAUAACAAUGAAAUUUCAAUUAGUACAAAGAGUAAUAAUGUAAAUACAAUAGCCAUUGGACACAAUAGUAGAAGAAUAACUAUUAAUGAUGAUGAUAAUAAUGUUCACAGUUGUACUAUUGACAAUGACAGUGAUGUAUUUAAGGUUAGAAAUGGUAACAAUAAUAAGAACACGAUAACUAUUAAUCAUAAUAGUAAUGUACUUACUGUUGACAAUAAUGAUAAUAAUGUCAAUACAAUUAUUAUCAAUAAAAAUAGUAACGUGCUUACUAUUAAUAAUAACAAUAAUAAUGUUAAUACUAUUAAUAUUAAUGGUAAUAAUGAAUUGAUUACGAUUAACAAUAAUUAUAAUAAUGUCAACAAAAUUACUAUUAAAGGGCAUAGAGGAAGGGCUAGGUCAACGGAAAACGAUAAGUCAACGGUGAAAAAUCAAGCAAUGGAUAAAAGUUACCACGAAGUAGAUUCAGUUCAUAUGACAAUGGAUAAUAAUAAUAAUAAUAAUAAUAAUAAUAAUAAAAAGCGAUCUGUUAAUAGUUUAAAUGAAAGAUUUACUAUUCAUAACGAUGAUAAUAAUGUUAAAACAUAUACUUUUGAAAAUAAUUAUCAAACUCUUAUCAUAAAAAAUAGAAACAAUAAUGUUAAUACAAUUACUAUUAAUCAUGAUAGUAAUAUAAUAACUGUUGAUAAUAAUGACAACAGUAUUAAUACAAUUACUAUUCAUCACAAUAGUAACCAAAUAAUUAUAAAUAAUCAUGAUAAUAAUGUUAAUACAGUUAUUGUCGAAGGCAAUAGUGAAUUGAUUACUAUUAAUAAUAAUAAGAAUAAUUUGAAUAAAGUUAUUGUUAAAGGACGGAAAGGGAGGAUUAUUAUUAAUAAUAAUAAUAAUCCUAAUAACGUUAAUACUGUGAUUACUAAUGAUAAUAAUGAUUAUGUGGCAAUAUUUAUCAAUUCUGGUGCAAAUCUUGAGCAAGUCGAGGAGAAUACAGCAAGAUAUUAUAUCUAUAUAUACUGUGAUUUAAAGAUUUUUACUAAGAUAGCUUCUAGGGAUAUCAUACUUAAAUUUCAUGAAAUUCUACUGAUAAGAGCUAUAGCACGACAACUACCUGAAGAGAAGCGUAAACAAAGUUAUCAUUGA